UUGAAAUCAGUGUUGCUUCAUGAAGUGCAGUUUCCAGUUCCGUCGGAGGGGGCGCUGUGACGGCAUGAGCCUAUAAUCCUUGCCAGUGAAGAAGAAGAAGCAGGCGCCAUAAUAAAGAGCCUAGCUUAGAGCAGCUGCGUCGGAUUCUCUGCGUCAUUUCUCUCGAUACAACAAACGCAGACGUCACUUUCUAUUUGAAAUACUUUAUAAUAAAACCUCGCGGAGGAGAAGCCACGUGUCGUGUCGUGUGUGUGACGCAGACAUCAGCUGUUUUUGUUGUUGUUGUCGCUGCGACACGCGGACGCCUUAGCUGCACCGUUAGCUUGUUUACACUCCGGUCCCCGGUCCCCGUUCUCCGUUUGAUGUCACUGGGCUCCGGCACCGCGUGCAGACAUGGAGAGUUUGUACAAGCGGAAGAUGUUCGCGUCGAUGCGGAAGACCAAGGUGGACGCGUCGAAGAAGCGGGAGAUCGGCCUGCCCGCCUCCAUCCUGGACGACAGUGACGAAGGCUCCUUCUCCUCCUCCUCGUCGUCCGCCGCCGCCUCCUCCGGCUCCGGCUCCGACUCCGGCUCCGAGUCCGACUUCCACAGCUCCGCGGAGGAGGAGAGCGAGCAGGACCGCAAGAAGAAGAGGAAGAAGCGGGAGCGGAGCGAGUCCGGGGCGACGUCCAGCGACGACAGCCGCUCCGUGGCCCGCAGGAAGCGCUCGUUCCUGGGGAAGGGCGACGACGACGACAGCUCCUCGUCGUCCUCCAGCUCCGGGGAGGACGAGAAGAGGAAGAGGAAGAAGGGGGACCGGAGCCAGCCGAAGAAGAUGGUGCAGCCCAAGAAGCGGAGCCGGCUGCAGCGGCGCGACGAGUCGGACUCGGACCGCGCGGAGGAGAAGCAGCGCGAGGAGGCGGAGAAGGCGAAGAAGAGGCAGCGGCACGACAAGCUGCUGGCGCUGUCCCGCAGGAUGAAGGCCCGGGGGGCGAGCCGGAGGAGGAGCCGCGUGAAGCAGGGCGAGAGCGACGACGACGAGUCUAAAGAAGAAGAAGAAGGCGACAAUGAUGAAGAACAUGGGAACGGAGGAGAAAAGAGCAGCAAGAAGGAUGUGACAGGAGGGAGAAGGAAAGAGGAAGAGGAGGAAGAAGAGGAGGACGAGGAGGAUGAUGAGGAGGAGGAGGAGGAGGAGGAGGAGGAAAAGAAGUAGAUCCACACAGCCAUGGAGGAAGGAGGAGUUUGAAUGUAAACGAGAACUUUGAAAACGAGUCGUAAUCGUACUUUUUUCUCUCCAAGUGGAUAAAAACAAAAGCACUCAGAUUUUAUGGUCAUAUAUUGUUCCUAUAGCAACAGACUGAAAGGAAUCGGCAUCUGUGAGCAAUGUCCGUCCCUGAAGGGAAGAGGAGAUGAGGAGAUGGAUGAUGAAGUUGUUUCCAUGGCUACGAAAAAAAAGAGAAACUUAAAAAACAAAAAGUCUCAGAGUGCAUUGCUGUAAGAAACCUUGCGUCUUGUUUCCUGACUGCAGCCGCAGAGCGUUUUAAAUGACUUCACAGGUAAACAGACGGUGGUCGGCCGCUGAGGAUUGUGGGUACUGUAGUAUCCCGAGACAAUUCAACAUACUCAUCCAGAUUCUUCUUCGUUGCACUUCCAUUCUUCUUUGUUUGUCAUUUAUUUUGAAACGAGAUUUAAAUGGGACUCGCUUCCUGCGGAGCAGAUGUUUUAUUUUUUUAAAUGUGUCGGUGGAGGAUUUAGAACUGAAUGAAGUCAAACAAAUGCUUUGUACGUCUUCUUGUACAGUUGCUUUUUAUUCGUCACGUUUAAAAAAAAAAAUUCUUUGAGUACCAUCCCCAACGUUUGUGUCGUAUAUGAAAGUAAAAGUGAACUUGUUUUGGUUUUGAACUGUUGAAAUUUACAGAUGUCACCUUGGACACUGACACAUUUUUUCCUCCACGAUUUUGCUAACAUUUUGAAAGUGUAAAAGAUGAAUCCCAAAAAGAAUUGACAGUUUAAAAACACAUUUUUCAACGUGUUCACUUUCUGUCCAGAAUGAGCUGAAACUCGUCUGGAGUGUUUUUAUUUGACCUGAACACAGAUGAUCUUCGGAAACAAGAAAAUGUAUGUGGUCGAAAGCUCAAAGAACAUUUACAUAGAUGAAAGAAACGAUGAUAUGAAAGAUGAUGUUUUUACAGGAGUUUGUGAUGUUCAUCUUCAUCACUGAGCUGAAUAUGAGAUGGACUAAAACUAUCACUAAGUUUCAGACUGUAAAAUAAACUAAAUGAGUAAUUUCUUCUUCUUUAAACUUUAAACAAGUCAGAUCAGAGAUUCUGGAUAAAAUGCAGAAAACUCAAAAAAAGUUUACUUUUUGCACAUGAUUCAUUUGGUCAAACUUUUUUGUAAAUGCUAUCACACAACUGUGACAGGAGACAUAUAUAAUUAAUUGCGAGGUGACAUAAAACUUCUUAUUGUUAUUGUUCUAUUUAUUUCCUCCUUUCUAAAGUCUUACAGUGAUGCAUUCAUGUGCUAAUGUAAAAAAAUUGGACAAAUGACGUCCUUAAUCAGAAGCUUGGUCAUUUUGGUUUUGUUUUUAUAUAUUCCCUCUUCCUCUCUCCUCUUUUCCUUUCUCUUCCCUUUCCUACCUCCCAUCCUCUCCCAUUGUAAUGUGUUAAAGGGCAAUUACACCAAAUGUAUAGACGUCCACGGACGAGCUGCGGAGUGUUCAGGAGCCACGUGGCCUUUCUGUGUCUCACUCAGCCACUGGACUCAAGACUGUAUAAUGUUGUACAGUGUCGUGAUGAUGAUGAUACACAAACAUAAGGUACAUAUCAGUGCGGCUGUGUAUUCAGCUGUGUUUCUGCUCUUCAGACCAACUCUGCCCUGUUGAAAACACCUUUUAUCAAUAAAGUUUCCUUUUUUUUGAAAGGUUA